AUGCAGGGGGACGCGCGCAUCGUGCUGACGACGCUCAUCAGCGAGAAAUUGCUGUCGCCCGGCCCCAAGAAACUCUACGUGUCCUACUACCGCAAGCGCGUGUACGCCGACCUGCUGCCCGACGGCUCUAUCCGCUUCAAGGACCAGGUCUACACGUCGCCUGUGCCCUGUGCGCUGCACAUGAAGCGUACACUCAACCCCUCUCUCAAGACGGACGCAGGCUGGUCGUCCAUGUACUCCGCGGCCUCUGGGGAGAGCCUCAAGGACAUCAAAGACCGCCUUAACAUCCGUAAACGAGGCACAAACGCUCGCUCCGUCCAGAAGGAGAAGAAAGCGCCCACGCCUUCACCCACAGCCAAAGAGCGCGUGGCGGCUCAGACAGCAGCUCAAGCCAAGCAAGAGGCUGCUCAGCCUGUCGGAGAGAAGCCACGACGACGGACGUGGAGCAAGACGCACUUUAAGUGCGCCACACCAGCACUGCAGAACACGCCAGCAGCGCCGUGGUUCUGCGACAAGUGUCUGACUGGACAAGCUAACAGGAUCCUCGAGUUCCUCCAGCAAACGAGACGAGUGCUUGUCGAGAGGAUCGCAGAGCGCCAUACUCAAGCAAAGCCGAUUGAGAGCGAGGAAAUCACUGUGGAGGGCGAGGAGGACGCUGGUAGCGAGGAAAAGGGAACAUCUAAUGAGGAAUUAAAGGACGAGGACGACGCUGGAGCUGCAGAGGGUUCGGCUGUUGAGUCGGUAUCGGUAUCAGUGGACUCAAACAAGUCGAAGGACGCGACAAACGCUGGUAGUGAAGUAGCAAGUGAAGCCCCAGUGGACGAGGCUGCAGCUACUUCAGAAGAGCAGAACGAGACGACGUCAACGUCUGGUGAUUCUCUGAAAGAGGCGAAGCCGGAGGCUGACGAUGCAGCAAAUGAGGAAGAGCAAGGCGACAUGGACGUGGAAGACGAGGCGCCGCUUGAGGUUGCCAAGGCUGUCAACGCCACUAGUGCCGAAGAGAAGUUCCUCGUGCUGAUUGACAGCCUCAUCACGGAAGUGUCGUCGAAAGCAGAGCGUGCCAGUCUGAUUGCCAACAGUACCGGUGCGACUCUAGUGCAUGUAGAGAAAACACAGCUCGUCCAGCUGGUCGACGACCAGCUGCUCGUCACUGUGUUGCUGGACAAGCUCCGUGACAUCACCGAGUCUGUGAACGAGUGGACCAAGAUGGAGCGCCAUUUCGAGCAGAAGACGGCCAGUCUCCACAAGUCGUUGACGCUGAUCGGCACCAAGCGGAAGCGCGCGCAGGCACUACCGCCCACGCCCGCGUUGUUUGCCAAGGUACAGAUUCCUCCGUCGCGACGUCUCAUUGAGCGCCAGAUCGCCAACUAUGAGCUGAACAUGAGCGCUAUUCGUCGGAACCGUGCACGUAUGCGCAAGACGCUGUCUGGCAUUUUGAAGAUCGCCCGGGAAGAGCAUCUCAGCGACGAGAUCGUCCACAUGACAGACUUGUUGUAUCAAAAGUGCCGUGAUCUGAAGGCGGAACAAGAGGAGGAAGAGCUGCGCAUCAAGGAGGAAGCUGAGGCUGCAGAGAAGGCGCAUCUAGAAGAGGAAGAGCGGGCAGCACCUGACCUCCAGAGUACCGACGACGGCGAGGCGAGUGCAGAGGAACCCGAAGCCAAGAAGCAGCGUCGAGAUUCGGACGCCAAAGAGUCCACCUACAGCUCUGUUGAGAGCAAGUCGCGCGCAGACAGCGAAGCGGACCUGGAACAAGCCUCGCGCGCCAUCGCGGACAUUUCGUCCGUGCUGCCGGACAUUUCAGGAGCCAGCGGCCCGCGGGUGGACCUUGUCAACUCGCCGCCACUUGGUGGGAAGCCUGCAGCGGAUGCAUCGCCUGGCCAGUUCUCGAUUCGCGGAGGCAAAGCUGGAGGCGCGAAGCGCGGAAGCCAAGAUCAGCAAUCGUUCCUGGACCAGGCACUCGAGGUCCUGAACAAGCAGCAACAGCAACAACGCAUUGGAGAGCAACAACGCGUCGAAGAGCAACGGCGCUUAGAGCAACAACGCAUCGAAGAGCAACGGCGCUUAGAACAACAACGCCUUGGAGAGCAACAGCGCUUUGAGCAAAAACGUCUUGAAGAGCAGCGUCGCUUGGAAGAGCAACGUCGCUUGGAGCAGCAGCGAGAGCAAGAGCGUCGUGAACAGCAGCGCCUGGAGCAGCAACGUAUUGAAGAGCAACGUCGCUUAGAGCAACAUCGCCUUGAUGAGCAACGGCGUUUAGAGAAACAACGCAUUGAAGAGCAACGGCGCUUAGAGCAGCAACGUCUCGAAGAGCAACGCCGCUUAGAAGAGCAGCGUCGAUUGGAGCAACAGCGGCUAGAACAGCAGCGGCUAGAGCAGGAAAAGCAGCGCCAGGAGCAGCAGAGACUGGAGCUUGAGCAGCAGCGGAAGGAGAAGCAGCGACAGGAGCAGCUGCGACGACAGCAGGAGCAACAGCGACUGGAACUCCAGCACCGACAGCAAGAGCAGCAGCGCCAAGAGCAGGAGCGGCAGUUCCAACGCAGCAAGGCGACAACGCUGCCUCAAGUCGUGUCGUCUGGGGCGUCUCACUUGCAGAUGCUGAGCCAGCAGCAGCAACUCCAACAACAGCAAGCGACACUUCAACAGCAACAACAACACUCGCGUCAGAUGCAGCACCCUCUCUACGGGGAUAUGCCCAAGGGAAUGCUGGGCUUGGGCACAGGCCAGCAAGAUAUGUACGCGCAGCAGGCGGCGCAGAUGGGGAUGGAUAUUCACGACGUGGUGCGACACCAGGACUCGAGUCACUUUGCCCAGGGAGGCAUUCAAAGAGCCCCGUACGAAGUCCCACGCAGCGCAGCGCAGCAGCCGGGACCGACUGCCCCACGGACGAGCUUCUAUGGCGACGAAGGGCAGAUGCACUCGCAGGACGUGUUUGGGUCCCAGGGUCUGCCUGGCCAGCAGCGGCCACUGUCCGAGCACCACAUGUUCGCGAACGAGUUGCAGCAACACGCAGAUCAGUCAAGAAGUCAGGAAUUUCUCAUGGGCAGGUCCUACCGCGGACACGGAAUGGACCAGUCCGACAACAACGACGUCAACAUGGACGACUGGGGCCAGUAA